AUGCCGCUCAACUACCACUCCGAAAACAACGAUUCUGCCACGGCGCGAAAGCGACGUCGCCGGCUUCGGGAAGGUAGCUAUCGUCACCGGGUGUGCCUCUGGCAUCGGGCUCGCAACCGCUCAAGUCUUCCUCGGCCAUCAUAUCUCGAUAGUAGCAAUUUACUCCCGAAAAUACUACUACUCCCGAGAUACUACGAAGACGGCGUGUCUGCUAUCCUCCCGGUCAUUCAGUACGCGAAAAUCGACGACCAGCGCGACCACGAGCGCUGCCACUUUCGUAGAGGUGACCUACUACCCGGCGGCGAAUGCGACCAGGCAAUCAGGAUCUGCGUCUCGAAACUCGGUGCCCACGCGCAUGAUCCACGCCGUCCUCCCCUUCAUGAGAAGCAAGCAGCGCGGCUCCAUCAUCAACGUGGCCCCCAGAACUGCCGCUGCCGCUACCGGCCUGGCCUACACGACGAGCCAGCAUGGCCUGCUAGGCGUGACGAGGCAUACGGCGCUGUCGUAAUUGAUCGCGAGCUUCAGAUCGAGCAUCGCAACAUUACCCCUCAUAUUUUCCACCAAGGCCAUCUGAGCCGGCAGCCUCCCCCAAUCGUGGAACGCCCUCGUCCAGCGACCAAGGCUAGAGCCCAGGCGGCAACAGUGGUCGGGCGUGAGGAGCGCGGGGGAUCUGAGGAGCCAGGUCUUGAGGUCGAUGGAGGAGGGGAAAUAGGAGUGGACUUGAGUGUUGACGGAGGGGUAGAAGCAGCGCGCGAUUGGGGUCUGGAAGGCGAUGUGGGCGGUGGUGGUGAUGCCUGUGAAGAAUGCAAAGAGAUGGCUUAUACAACGCGUAGUCGUUGUUGGGACACGUGGGUUCUGAGUUACUCUUGGGCCAUCGGGAAGGGGGUCCACGAAUUCGCCUCGGUAGACCAAGUUGGCGGGGCCUCCAGAGAGUCUGGUAAGAGAGGAGCAGGCGCAUGUUCCACCCUGAAGGCUGCGCUUCACUUCGAGCUCAACCUCCUCCUCUGUGGAGAGUCUGGUCGCUGUUGGUUUUGGCAAGUCAGAGUCCAUUGUUGA